AUGACAACAAGGCUGAUACCACCUACACGCUUCAUAGCACAAACCCUCGUCUCUGUGCUCGCCGUCCUCAUCUCCCACUUCUUCCAACGAUACGACGUGGUGUACAUGAGCGGCUUCAUCGCACCCUUUAUCGUCAUGCCUGUCGAUAUCGCGCUCAUGCUUCUAUCUUGUGCGCCACGCAGCAGUCCAAGCUAUGACCGGUUCAUUAGCUACUCUCUGGGAUGGCUCUAUCAAUUCACCACCAUCAUUGGCAAAUACGUCCUCGCUCCCGAUACUGGCUUUACUCAGAGGCAGCACAUCGCCGUACAUUCAAGUCUUGUUUUCUUCAUUCUUUCUGAGUUGGAGUUCUCUCGCGCGUACGUCAAGUUCAAGAACUAUCAUGAAGGCUUCGACGAUUGGAAGCACUUUCUCCUCGCGAACGUCGAGCCUUACAAGGUCUUUUCUGUGUCGCGCGACCCAUUCAUACUUGGAUACGAGGAUUGUACCGACGGUUGGAAUUUUUAG